AUUCUUUUUGUCCGAGCCCUGGCACAUGCUAGGCCUUUUCGACUUCGAGCCCCUGGCGUAUACGGCUUAGCGACGGACGAUUUACAAUCUCCUGUGUUUGACAGGCUGCAUUAUUUAAUAAUAACGGCUCUUUCCAGGGUCUCAAAUUCAUACAAACAAAAAAAUGGAGCACCAGGCAAACGGAUGCGCGAAUAGAGUGAGAUUGCAAGUAUGGUAAAGUAUGGUAAAGUGAGACGGCUAGGUUUCUUGUUCGUGUGAACACUCGCCAUAGAGCUCGUUGGGCUCUGUCUGUCUCGAUCAUCUUCCGUUCUCUUUCUAAAUCAACUGCGCGGAACUGGAUGCGCAUUAAAAUGGUGGGGAGUGAGAAUAAAAGCGCUCGGAAAAUAGAGGUAGAAAUGUAGAAAUCACUCGUGAUAAGUAGGUAUUACUGUACGUUUGUAGUUUGUGGUACUUAAAUGUAAUUAUGUUAUUUAUACACAAUUGCAAAGUGCUCGUUAUGUGUAUUUCUGUUGUUAUGUGAAGUAAAUAUCAUAUUUUAAAUAAGUAAAUAUUAACAUAACAGAUUCGUCAAAAAAUGGGUGGUGGAGAUUUGAUAGAAUUUGAAAAAAUCAUGGCACCCAUCUACCAUAAAAAAUAUAGAAAAAGUUUGGAAGGCAGAACAACAACAAAGCCAAGAGAAGAGGAAGAUAGCAGAAUUGAAGAAAGAAAUCGAAAUGGAGAAAGAUAGGGAGGAUAUAAAAAAAUAUGCAAUGGAACAAGGUGUAAUAGAAAAAAAGGAUGAUAAAAAAUUGGAUUGGAUGUACAAAGGACCAAAUCAAAUGAUCAAUAGAGAAGAGUAUUUACUUGGCCGGCCAAUUGACAAAUCUUUCGAACAAAUGGCUCAGACAGAAAAGGAUAAUGAUAUGAAUCAAGUACCCAGAAAUCACGUUGAACAUGAAUGUAUUCCACCGUCAUUACGUUUUUUCUCUGGUAAUGAACAAGUUGAUCUAGCAAGAAAAAUGCAAGAAGAUCCUUUAUAUGCUAUAAAGAAGAAAGAAAUGGAAACAAGAAAUCAGCUGUUGAAAAAUCCUGUUAAAUUAAAACAACUAAGACAAUUGUUGGAGCAACAGUCAAAAAAGAGUAAAAUUGAAAAGAAACAAAAAAAAAGGAAAAAACACAAACAAGAUAUAGACAGUGAUGAUGAAACUCAAUUAGAUAUAUUGUUAGCUGCUAAAUACAAAAAGUUGAAAGACAAAAUUAAUGAUGAAGACUUAAUGGAAUCAAUGAAAAAAGUCAAACAUAAACGAAAGAAAAAGAGAAAAGAGAGUAAAAGUAGUUCAAGCAGUGAAUCUGACAGCAGUACUGAUGAUGAUACAAGUGAUGAAAGUACAGAAAAACAUGCAAAGGAAAAGAGAAACAGGAGUAAGGAAAAUAGUACUCGACCCAAGAAAAGUGAUAGGGAAAAGUAUACUGAAAAAUUUGACAAAAGAGAAGAGAGAAGAGGAAAGAUACCCGAGAAAUGGUCAAAGAAUCGUAGUUCAAGCAAAGAAAAAAGCGACAGCUCAAAUCAAAGAAAGAGAUAUAGAGAAUUUAAAAGAGAUGAAGAUAAAAAUAGGCAUAAAGAAUUUCAAUAUAAAACUUCUCGAGAUAAGGAACAUAAUUCAUAUAAAAGUGGAUACGGUAACAGAAAUACUAUUGGGGAUAAAUAUAUUGCAAAUAAAUUAAAUCAUAAAGGGGGUACUAAUUCAUUUGCUUGUACUAUUGAAGAGAAAUAUAAAGAUGGAAAUCGGUAUAAAGAUCAAAGGAAUCCUAAACAAAAACCCAAUCUUACGGAAGAAGAAAAAGAAAGACGUAGACAGGAAAUGAUGGCAAAUGCAACAUGGAGGGAUAAGGAAAGGGAAAAGAAUGUUAAAAAGUAUACAGAAGACGAAAAGAAAGAAAUCGACAGUAGCAAAGGAUAUAAUCAAGACUUUGUUAGGAAACAAUUAGCUGCUGCUGCAGAAUUGGGGUCGGUAGCGUCACGGAUUAAAGCAAAUAUAAAUAAUAUACAGCGAAGUGGAAGGGCGAUGGAUACAAAUUUUGCUAAAAGAUGAUUUUCAACACUGCUUUACAUUUGUACAGUUGCAUAUACAUUUCAUUUCAGUUUCCUUUAAUGUAUUUGAAAACUUUAUUUUGUAACACACAUACAUUAUGAUUCGUACAUAAAUAUAAAUUUUAAAUGAAA